AUGGCUGUUUCGAACAAAGACUACCCUCUGACGGGUGUAGUCAUUUGCUUUACUAAUGUGCAAAUUGAGAAGAGAACUCCAUUGACUCAAAUGGCGGAGCAAAUGGGCGCGAUGCACAGUAUCCACCUUACUUCAGACGUAACCCAUUUGCUUGUGGGUGACACGAACAGCGACAAGUACAAAUUCGUUGCAAGGGAACGGAAUGACGUGGUGGCAAUGAAACCGGAAUGGAUCGAGGCCGUACGACACUCAUGGACGCAGGGAGAGGACAUAGACAUAGAGGCACUUGAGAAACAGUUCAGACUGUCAGCAUUGCAUGGCCUCAAAAUCUGCCUGACUGGGUUCUCGGACCUUCCUUUCCGAGCCUACAUGCAGAAGACAACAGAGGAGAACGGGGCCGAAUACCGGAAAGACCUGACCAAAACCGUGACACAUCUUAUUGCGCGCAACUCGGACAGUGCCAAAUACAGAUUCGCGACAGAAUGGAAGAUCACUGUCGUUUCGGUACAAUGGUUUACGGACAGCAUCGAGCGUGGAAUGAUCCUGGACGAGGCGAAAUAUAACCCGCUAGUACCACCCGCAGAACAAGGCCUCGGUGCAUGGAAUCGAUCCUCGCCAACAGAGAGGGGGCUCCGUCGAACGGACAGCACUACCAAAGAGAACUCUUUGAAUCCAAGACCUCGAAAAUUACGCAGGAUUGCAAGUACCAAGCUGGUAGAUCAAAACGAAAGCAUCUGGGGGGAUAUCGUCGGAACAGGAUUCGAAAAUAACGAGACGACUGGACCCCAAAAGAACCCACAAGGACAAGGACCACCUGAAGCCUCGAAGCCUGUCAUACAGGCAUAUCAGUCAUUCGCCAGCGAAAGUACAUUUUCGGAAAGCAUCCAGUCUCGUCUUCCGCUACCAAUUGCUCCACCAAAAGACAAUGGAUUUCUACAUGCGACUUAUUUCUUCAUCAAUGGAUUUUCUCCCAAGCAGACAAAAGUUCUGCGUGAACAUCUCACUUAUAACGGAGCUCAGUUGGUGGAUUCACUGAAUGAGUUCUCCAGCCCUACUAUCCCCAAAACAGGACACGGGCUGUUUAUCAUAGUGCCGUAUCAGACUCCCAGACCAGAAGUUCCGUCAACGGAUGAAAUGGCCUUUGAAUGCGAGGUUGUGACAGAGAUGUGGCUGGAAAGGUGCAUUGAUGCUCGAGCUUUUGUUCCACCCGAGUCUCAUGUGGCGAGCACUCCGUUUCCCAAGUUCCCUAUACCAGGAUUUCCGGACUUGCGGAUUUGUUCCACUGGCUUUGGGCGUAUCGAUCUUUUACACCUACGCAAACUGGUAGAGUUGAUGGGCGCCACUUAUGGAGAUUUCCUGACGCAGAAAGCAUCCGUUCUGAUUUGCAAUGACCCCAAAACAGCCAGCGUCGACAAACUGCGGCAUACUGCCGAGUGGGGGUUCCAGCUGUGUCUGCUGACUGGCUCUGGAUAUCUAUUCAAACUGGCCAAAAAAAAGAAACUCGGAUCUUUGUCUGCUAAGCGAAAGCAGCCCGAGAGAAACCUUGAUGAACGGCGAGCGGAUUCACCGUACAAUAUCUCUACCGAGUCCACGAAUGGUAGUAGGACCGAGAAGCGAAAUUCAGGGAAGAGCGCUGUAACUCGAACAAUCCCCAUCGUUGGUGACGGCUUUGAGGCCGAUGCACCGAAACCCUCCGUUCCAGAGUCACGAUCUCCAACCCCGGCCAGGAUACCAGACGAACAAACCCCAGAGGAACCGAAUGACAAACAGAUCACGCCAAGUACCGACUCUGUACCACCGACUGGCCCAUCUGCACUAGAUACCGCUCUGAGCGGGCUCUUACAGCAAGCCCGGGCUGCCAAGUCACGACAGCAGUCCGAGAACACUACGACUUAUGAUGACGGAAAUCCACCCCGACGAAAGCGCAGGCCCCUCCUCGGCCGCGCCCCAUCCCACUCUUCAGCCCGAAUACUAGAAGGCCCGCGUCCCGUUUCACGCGCUAGCUCGAUCGACACACUCAACGACGACGGCCUCGGCAGCGCCUUGGAAAGUGCCCACCCGACUAGAGACAACUCCAUAUCCCGCAGUAACAGCCGUGUCGAACAGAGUCUGUCAUCCAUGCUCAGCGGCGGGAAAUUUGAUUUCCUGAAUGAUAAACUCCCAGCCCAUAAUGAGGACGAAGAUGAGGAAAACCAGGCACCGCAGAUGACGCAGCUGGAUUAUGAAGAUUCCGAUGCGGCUGCCAUGAGGGCUGAGUUCCUGAGGGAUGCUGGGAAGUUGUCUGGAAAGACAAUGAAGCCCGAUACCUCGGGCUUGCUUGUUGGUGAAGUCCGGGAGUUGGAGGAUAUUGGGUGGGGGUCUGGGCGGAGGACGAGGAAACAGCCUGUUAAACUAAAUGAUGAAUGA